AUGAAUAAAUUUACCUUAAAAUUUGAUGAUUAAAUAUUAGAAGAAUAAUAUCAAUAAGUUAAACUGAGAAAAAUUAGAAAACCCAUAUAUUUAGGACUCUUAGUACUAUGUUUUUGCAUGAUAAGUUCAAAUGCUAUAAUAAAUUUGAUUACUUAAUAAUAAACACUUUUAAAAACAUAUAUCAAUUAUUCUUAUCUAAUUUUUAUGGUAUUUUAAGCUAUUAUAGUUUACAGAAAACCUGCUUUAAUAAAAUACUUAUUAAUUAUUUCAAAUAUUGCCACAGGUUUGUUAUAAUUUAAUUUUAAUGAUUAAACCCCUGCUUAAAUAUACUAUGCAUAAAGUUCAUCAUUUACUUAGUUAUAAGCAGUUGCCUACUUUAUAUCAGAUUUUCAAGAUGGUGUAAUAUAAGUUUUAGCUUUACUAUUUAUAAGAUUGAUUAUUACUUCUAUAAAAAUAGAUGAUGUGGACUUAUAGACUGUUUUAAUAGGAAUAGCAUCAACAUUAUUUAUUCUAAUCACUUUAUAUGUUAAUGAUCAAAAUUCAAGAAAAGAGUUUUUAUCAAGUAUUUCAGAAGAUCUAUGGGAUCAUUCACUGUCUAUUCUAAUUAAAAAACCGCAUUUUAGGGUUUAAUAUAAUAAGGAGUAUAUGAAAAUUGAUUUAAUUUCAUCACACUAAUUAUAUGAUUUCCCUGGUUAUGAUGAAAAUAUAUGUUAAGGAUGUAAUAGUAGAUAAAUAUUACACUCAUAUAAAUACAAUAAAUAAAAUUUAAGUGAUUUUGUUCUAGAAUAAUAAUAAACAAUUUAAAAUUCAAUAAAAGUUGAAUACAAACAUCAUUCAUUUUAUUUAAGAAUAGUGUGUGUAGGAAUUAAGAAUUAAAAUAUUAUAGUAAUAUUUGAGAAAAGAAAAGAAGAUACAUAUGGAUAAAUAGUUCCAAAAAAAAUGAGAAACUUAAUUUUUCAAUAAAUUAAAUUAAAUCAUAAUAAUAAAGAUCAAUUUAUUAAAUAUUAUUUAAUUAAGGAUUAUUAUCAUUAUUAUUAAUUAAUUAGAUGUAAUUGA